UUGCAACUUGCAAGUGGGAAUUAACAAACCAAAAAAGUUAAACUUUCUGCAUCCCAAAAACACAUCCCUCCUUUGAAAUUUAAGUUUAUAACUGCAUAAUUCUGGGAACUGGGGUUUUCAAGCUAAUUUUAACCUUCUAAAGUGAACUGGGAACUGAUUAUUAAGGUUUGUUGAUGAAUCAAUUUCUGAAAAUUAAUACUUCUGUGGGGAAGUUAAUUGGUUCACCAUAUGAAAACAUGUUAAGCUAGUCUUGAACUUAAUUGGUGAACUUAGAACUAUUAUAGAAGCUAAUGGAAGAAAAGGAUCUCUAUAGACAACCAUAGGAGAUAGAUUCUUGGUUCGUGCCCGAGCCUCGUCCUUUUGGGAUUAAGGAUUUGGUGGUGGUGGUGGUGGUGUUGCUAGUGUUGAUUUUUAGAAUUUUUAAUGGGUAUUGAGUAUUCUGUUCAAUUCCAAAAGCUUUGUCAAAUCGAAGCUAGGAGGAGUUUAAUUAUAGUGGGUAUUGUUGCUAUUGCCUAUGUGAUGCUUCAAUUCUUUAUGCUGCCCUAUGGGAAUGCACUUAGAUUCCUACUUCCGGAUAAUCAAGUUUUUCUUAGUGCCAAAAGCGGCUUUUCAUCUAACCAAUCAUUGGUUAAAGCGGAAAAGGAGGGUGAGAUUAAUCCUUCAAGCUUUAUAGAAGCGGUUAGAGAAGAUGAUAAGAGUCAUGAUGAUGAUAAUGUUAGUGAGGAUGAGCUGGAUGACAAUGUGUCAAAGGAGUUAGAUAUUGCAUCGGAGGCUAAUGACCAAGAUGAAUCUCUAGGACCUGACAAGCCUUUGAAGUUUUUGGAUGUCAUGGUGGAUAAUAGCUCCAAGGUGGAGGCGGAUAAUGCUGGAAAAAGUGAGCUGAUAGUGGGACUGGAAGAUCGGAAUUCAUUUGACAGUGGUUUGGAGUUGAAUGAGAGUUCUAGUUUUCACGGAAAUGAAAAUGUUGAGAGUUGGAACCAAGCAAAUCAUAUACAACCUGAAAAUGUGAAGAAGCUCCCAGAUAGUGAUCUUGCUGUUCCAAAGAAUGAUUCAGAAGUGAUGAGUGUUCGUCAGAGGAAGAAGGCGAGACCUGGAAUGCCUCCAUUAUCAGUGACACCCAUAGUCAAGAUGAAUCAGAUAUUAGCUCGGCACCUUGCCUCUUCUAGCAAAAUGUAGAAACCUCAAUGGUCGACUCUCCAUGACUGUGACAAGGAAAUUUUUGAUGCAAAAUCAAAGAUUGUCAAUCCUGCUGUGUCUGAUGUUGACAAGGCACUUCAUGCUCCUGUUUUC